AAGCAAAAGCGAGUUGUGUCAAGAUUUUUACAUUUUCUUCUUAGAUUUUUAUCUCAAUAAAAUGUAAAAAGUAUUCUGAUUUACAAUGAUCAAAUAGCGUUGUACGUACAUUUUGUUAAAAAGCAAUCAAAAUGUUAUAUUGAUGUUCUUAUUUUACGUUAGAACUGUGAUAAUCUGAUGUGUCAAGUGUAGGGCUCUGGAGGCGACAAUAAAUUAUUGCUUUUUAUUCCAUAAUUGGGAGUUUAUUUUAGCUUAUUCAGUAGUGUGUUAUUGUUCAAUUGCUUGAAGAAUUCUAUUUUGAAUAAUGAUUCUUUUAUGACUUUGAGGCCGUGUGUUAUUCGUCUGCACAUCUGUUGUUCAUUAUAUCAAGUUUGGUAUUACGACAAUGUCUUCAAUUAUUCGCAAAUAGAAAGCUAGUAGCAAGUAGUAUUAUACAUUUUAAGCCUUUUAAAAUAUGCCUGAAUUAUAAUUACUCUCAUUGUAAAGAUUCAAUGUAACAUCAGUAUAUUAACAGUUGCAAUUAACAUUAUUUGCAGUUUGUAAUUUAGUAAACAGUCUGAUUAGUGUUGUGAUGUGUGUAUCAAGUGAUAUAGUGGUUAUCAUUGAUGAUAAGUUAGUAUUAGUGCAGUGAAAUGGCAAAAAAGUCAGAAAAUACCGGCGGAAAGCUGGUUACUGUGUCUGUGGUCGGGUUGUCUGGUACUGAGAAGGAGAAGGGUCAGUUGGGAGUGGGCAAGUCGUGCCUGUGCAACAGAUUCGUCCGGACGCACGCUGACGACUACAAUGUCGACCACAUAUCUGUGUUAAGUCAGUCGGACUUCAGCGGACGAGUGGUGAACAAUGACCACUUCCUGUAUUGGGGCAGCGUGCCGAAGGAGAACGAUGAACAGGAGUACAGGUUCGAGAUCAUCGAGCAGACAGAGUUUGUGGACGACGCCUGCUUCCAGCCGUUUAAAGUGGGUAAAACAGAAGCAUACAUAAAAAGAUGUGUAGCGACCAAGAUCCAAUCCGCUGAGAAGUUGAUGUAUGUGUGCAAGAACCAGCUGGGCAUAGAGAAGGAGUACGAGCAGAGGUUGAUGCCGGACGGCAAGUUGUCUGUGGACGGGUUCCUGUGUGUCUAUGACGUCAGCUUGGUGCCUGGACGCAGUUGGGAGAAACAGAACGAAACGCUAGCAGCAAUACUCCAAAACAUUCUGAAACUAAAGAAGCCUGUAGUUCUUGUAACCUCGAAGAAUGACGAGGCGUGUGAGCAAGGGGUCCGCGAGGCUGAGCGACUGGUCCAGAGGAAGGAGUUCAAGGGAGCCAUACCCAUUGUGGAGACGUCCAGUCACGACAACGUUAAUGUGGACCAGGCGUUCUUCUUGCUGGCGCAGAUGGUUGACAAGUCCAAGGCUAGGAUAAAGGUUGCUAACUACGCCGAAGCUCUGAGGAUAAGGAGGGAGACGCUGGACUUUGUGACUGAAGCAUUCACACAGCUCAUCAGGAUACACGUGCAAGAUCACAAGGAGAUGUGGUCGACAGUUAGCAAGAGACUGUGUCACUACCCCGAGUGGGUGAAGUUUGUGCAGCAAUUCGGAAAUGAUGGCACUCAGGUGGUGUUCCGUCGACACAUCAGAAGACUGAAGGAGGAGCGUUCAGCCAAGAAGCUUCGCAAACAGCUGACAAAGUUACCUCAAGUGCUAGCUAGGAUGGGACUGCCCACUGAGGAGUUGCAGGAGAACGACUGGCCAAUGGUGGUGCGUCAGUUACGAGCGCACAGAGAUUUCUCAGUGUACUUCAGCUCGGCCCCACAAGAUUCUGGCUCUUCAUGUUGCUCGGAUAUGGAUAGUCCGUUGGGGACGGACACUACACUACGAGUCGGAGAGAGGGCUGUUAGAUAUCAGACGCUCGGUCAAUCGCAGAAGAUUCCGUAUGAAAUACUGGAGAGCAACGAAGCGGCUGCCGUCUUCAAAACUUUCUUACACGAAGCUCAAGAGGAACAGAGAAACUAUGAAUGGUGCCAACAAUUUAAGCGUCUCCUAGAAGAGACAGGCUACGUGACUCCAGGAAAACAGCUGUCUGAAGUGAGGGUCCUGCUGAUGGGGCGGGAGUGCUACGAGGCUCUCACCGAGGAGCAGCAGCAGAGGGUCUACGACCAGCACCAGCGGGAGAUACAGCGGAGGGCCAAGCAUAACCUGCAGGAACUCUUGCUGGAACACGCGGACUUGUUCUACCACUUCAAGAGUAUAUCUCCUACUGGCACUAUCACUCAAGAAGACAUCAAGGAAAUCACUGAUGUGUUGCAGGACGACUUUAGAUACAAAAUGCUGGACCGCAUGGAGCAGGACCGCAAGCUGAUGCUGUUCCAGCACCUGGGCUUCGUGCACUGCCCCAUGCGGGAGCACUGUCCCGCCGCCUCCAAGUGCUUAGACGGCACUCUGCCGGUCAUACUGAACACGAGAGUGGGUUCGCUAACAUCGACGGGCGAGUUGCAAUGCCACGCGGGUCCGCCUGCGGCGCCCUGGGCCCUCACCACGGAUUCCAAUCAGAUCAACGUCAUUAUACUGGGCGUGGAAGGCAUAGCCGAUGAGUUCGGCAAGCGGGUCCUGGCCGGCUGCGACGCCGAGCGGCGCGCGGCGCAGUGUCGCGUGGAGCUGCGCGUGCGCACUGACGACUUCGCGGCCGCCAACACGUCCGUCGAUGAUUUCGCUGCCAACGGAUAUUUCUGCGUGUAUCAAGACCAGGAGUCGUUUGAGUUCAUCAGGGGCUGCACUGAGAAGACUCUGCUUACGAGUCUCGAACAAGAAGAUAAACAACCCUUCCAGGGUCUUCCAUUGGUAGUGAUGUUCAUCCAAGACGAGGGUAUGGACAAGAAGGAGAUCACGAGAUUGCAGGAGGAGGGACAGAAUCUUGCCGAUAAUUUACACUGUUCCUAUAUGGAAGCGUCUGUGAGUGAACUAGGAACCGAGACGCUAACAACUGACGCGAUACAAGAGUUGAUCAGAGCUAACAGAGAGAAGGCCAGCUAUGCUCAUUUGUAUAAAGACUUGAUUGUGUGCUUCGAUUCAGAUAUCAAGAUAAUGGUGUGUAUGUUCUGCGACGACCCCUAUUCCCCUGAACGAGUGCUGAGUCCGUUGUUGUCUCACCGCGCGUGCUUCCUCACCGGCGACCGCUCCAUCGUUAUAGAGACUUUCCUGGGGGACUCCAAGAGGAAAGUCGAGGUGAUAAUCUCGAGUUUCCACGGCGCGUCGCAAUUCAGAGAGGAGCUCAUACACGGGUUCAUACUGAUCUACUCCGCCAAGAGGAAAGCCAGUCUCGCCACCUUGAAUGCAUUCUCAAUGAACAUCCCCAACCUUCCGAUCCAAAUGGUGGCCGUGACGGACGGCGGGAACUCGGCCGCCACCGCCUUCUUCGGCACCGACGUCGGCCACGCGCUCAUCACGGAGGGCAACGCCACGGCUGACAAGCUGAACGCACACUUCACUACCUACACUUGCAGCGCUGAGAAUAAGUCGGCAUUCUACACUCCGUUCUUCAAGGAAGUGUGGGAGCGCAAGGGCGAGAUCGAGCGCGCGUUCAGACUGGAGCCGCGCCGCAACCUGCCCGACGUCGCGGCCGCGCGUCCGCCGCCGCCGCCGCGUCUGCACUCCUACCUCGACAACCACAAGAUGGAACAUAAGCUGACAAAUUCGCUGGAUCUUCUCAUUGGUCCGGAUUCCAGAGCCGACAUUGACUCUGAGUACAGUGAUACCAUGAACAACAAGAACAGAGGGUUUUUGAAAGGGUUCAGUGUGUACCCGCCGCCCAGCACUCCGCCGGAGCCGGCGCCGCCCGACCACCGCAUGCAUGAUUUAUCUCCGGAUCUCAACUGUUCGGAGGAUUCGCUCAGCACACACGAGUCAGAUGGCGGUGGUCUAUGGCAGCCGGCGAGUUAUGGCCAUAGAGCAUUCACGAUGGGCCCGAGCAAACCCCAUCCGCCGCCGCAGCGACCACGACAUUCGCAGACCCUGAAGCAACCCGGCAAGUUGGACAUGAACAACUACACGAUGGUCAGCGACGCCCUCCAACACAUCACAAUAGGACCUCCACAUUCCAACAGAGAUAGAAAGUCGCAAAGAUCUGGUUGGUCGGCCGGCGGCGCUCAGCAGCACCACCAUCCGUCCGGCGUCAGUUCUGAGACUGAAUUAGAUGCACAAUACGCUCAGAUAAAAGAACCGAACGAAUAUAUGGAAGCGCCAUCUAUGAUGCGGUUGCGGCGACAUCGACGACACGAGAAAACACCACUACACCAGCCAUCCCUCUCUGAAACGGACAGUUCCGGAUCAAGUUCCGCUUCCGGCGGCGGCGCUAGCGCGGCCAGAAUACACAGGAGACGACACAACCACCAUCACGCACAUAGGCACUAUAAGAAACGGUCAUUAGGUAAUUUAGUCGCAGUGCAAAGUCCUAGAGUGCCGAAACUGGGCAUGUUUGUGGGACCGCCUGAACUACCCACCGGCUACCGGGCGAGGACUCAGGAGGAUAAAGCGAGCGAAUCUAGUGAAGGCAGUUCCGACGGAGAGACCAGAAGGCCGCGGCCUCUGCCGCCGCCGCCGCACCACGAACCCGCUCAUAAGAUACUGGGUGGUGAAUAUCCCUCGUCAGCGCAGGACAACUCCUCAUCGAGCGCGGCAGACUCCAGGCGGAGACCACAUCCGUUCUCCAAGCACGACCGCAGACACAAGGAAUUUUCCAAAAGCAAAGACUCGAAGAAGAACUCUACGCAGUUAGCGAAUGCGCCGUCAGCACAAAAUUGGGGACCGCAGGGUUCGCACGGUGUGCCUCUGUUUGUGGAGAAAUGUGUAGAAUUCAUCGAGCGAGAGGGACUCGCCUCUGAGGGCCUGUACCGAGUGCCCGGCAACAGGGCGCACGUUGAAAUGCUGUUCACCAAAUUUUAUGAAGAUCCUAACAUAGAUCUAGAAUCUCUAGACAUACCCGUGAACGCUGUAGCCACGGCGUUGAAGGAUUUCUUCUCGAAGAAACUGCCGCCAUUACUGGAUGAAGCGAGUAUGGCGCAGCUUGAAGAUAUUGCGGCAAUGCGCGGCUGCAUCGCGGGCGGCGUGGAGCUGAAGGACCGCAGCUGGCGGCUGCUGGCGCUGCGACAGCUGCUCAACACUGCGCUCACGCCCGUCGCCAGGGCCACUCUCGACUACGUGCUCCACCACUUCGCCAGAGUGGCUGACAACUGCAAGCUGAACUCGAUGGACAGCAAGAACCUGGCCAUCUGCUGGUGGCCUACUCUGCUGCCGGUGCAGUUCUCGGACAUGGGCCGCUUCGAGAUGACGCGGCCCUACCUCGAGGACAUCGUGCAGACCAUGAUAGACCAGCACCCCUUCCUGUUCCGCGGGCAGGAGGCCUUCGUCAUGGUGUGAGGGGAACCCACAAUGCAGAUUGCAUUCGUGAUGGACGACGUGUGACGUCAUUUUGGUACGGGCCCCAACACUUAACACGCGACUCUCGCCUCUGUUGCCUCGUAAUAAGUGUUAUUUCCGCCCGUGGACUUUGCGAAACGAAACCAUUUGAGUGUUAUAUUACGUAAAGUGUAUGACACGUAAUUUUAGAAAUGUAAGUUUUCAAUAUGCGUAUUAGAUCCUGAAUAUUGUUUUCAGAGAUUUUCGUCGUAAGAUUCGGCAAUUUUUGAUGUCUUCACAGAGGCUAUGAGAUUAUUUUCUGUCUUAAGUGAAAAAUUGAAUGUUUUUUAUAAUUAUUUUAUACUAUAAAAAAUUCUCAUAUCAAUUGGAGAACAUAUUUUCAAUUUAAAAAAAAAAACGUCAUGAAUUUUUUACAUUAAUUUUCUAAUAAAAAAAAACAGUAUUUAAUUAAAAACUUGAAGUUAUAUCUACUGCAUCUAAAUAGGAUAAGAAAAUUCGUGCACAAAAGUAUUUAAUGGUAUAAAAUGUUCUAAAAUAAGUAUUAUUGGUAACAAUUUGUAUUUAUAAUAAUGGCAACACCACGUAUGCACAUUCCGUUCAGUCGAUAUGUAUAAUUAAUUGUUAAUUAUUAUAUUAAUGGUAUUAUAUAAUCGUUGUUUUGUAGCGCAUAAAGCUAGUGAUUAUUUAUAGUGACACCAUUGUAAUGGGCGAGAAAUUUGUGUGUUGGGUUUAGGUAUACAAACUCGUAUACGAAAUGGGUAUACAGUACAGUAAAUAGCGACAUAUAAUUUCGCUUAUUCAGCUGAGGAACUAAGGAAUUAAUUAUUAAUUUCGUUUAUCGAGCUGAGGAACUAAGUGCUACAGCUUUCCUAAAGAGGGCUGACGACAGGCAGGUAGCCGGUCGUAAAAUCACAAUCUAAUCUUCAAAAUGUAUUGUCUCGUCUCAGUUACACAUGAAUAUAUUUGGUCUCCUUUUUUGUGGGUCAGAAAUUGUACAUUUGCCAUUUUUUGAACUUUUUUCAUGUGAUACCAAAUGAAACACUUUAUAAGUACUUCAUUGUUAUUUUUGUAUAUUUAUUAUUAAAAGUCAAUGAGACAUAUUUUCAGUAUUUUAUACCUAUUUUGUAUACGACCAAUUUGAAAUGAGAUUGAAUACGAGAACUCGUUUUUAUAACACCUCAUUUAAUUUUAUUCUAAGCGUUUAUAAAAUUAUAUUUUAUUUACACUGAACUUUCAAUUUUAUAAUUGAGAUUAUUGUUGUAUACGUCUUGUAGAUAUAGCAUCACAUUUUUUUAUAUACACUGUAAGCAUGAGUUUUUUCCACGAAAACGUCAAAAGUUUAUAUAUAAUAUUUUAUUUCUCGUACGAUAGAGGCGCUGUACAUUUUAUAAAUUAUGAGGUUCGUUUCUUUGAUAUAAAUUUAUUGCAUAAAGAAAACACGCAGAAUCGAAAAAUAGAAAAACUGAGCAACGGUAGACUUAUGACGUUCUCGCAAAAACACAUGCUAACCCCGCUGAAGAUCUCUUGUUUUCGUCUGUUUGUCAUUAUUGGCAGCUUUCAUUGAGACUGAUUUCUUGAUGCAAUACUAUACUGAAACUCACAGCGCACUAUGUUACUAUAAAAUUGUAAUACACAUGCCAGCACGCAAGCAACUUGCAUGCCACUGCAUGCCUAUAUAGCUGCAAGUAGCUGGCACGGUACAUUUGCAAUUUUUUUACUGGCACAUUUAAGGUGAAAAAUCCUUUGAAUAAAAAAUAUAUUCAGGUCAUUAUCAAAUAUAUGAUCUGAUAUUCAUACUAUAUCAUUUUUACAGUUUUUUUUAACUCUAUUUUUAAAAGUAACGCAACAUUCAAUAUGGAAAGGCCUAUUUGUAUUAAGUGUUUAUGGCUAGACUGAUGUAGUGUGUAUUGUGAUGUCAUGUAGAAUUAACGCAAAUCAUCCUUACUGGUAGAAUUCUUUCAUGCUCAAAAAAAUAAAUAUAUAAAAAAUUCUGUCAGAUUUCCAAAUUAAGAAAAUUAUAAUAAAAUAUAAGAUAAAUGUUAUAUAAGAAAAUUGUUUUGAACAACAAGAUAUCAAUAUUUGAUUUUAAUACAUAAUAGGUAUUAUUUCCAUCAAUUUGAAAAGAUUUUUGUUAGUAAGGGUGAUUACAUUUAUGCCAUUACGAUCCUUUUUGCCAAUAUUAUAAAGGUCGGGUAUGCUUUAUAUUUUGUUCAAUAUUUACGUAUAUUCAUUGUAACUUUUUGUAAUGUAAAUGUUUGGUGAAUUUGAUACUCGAAUCGAGCAAUGCAGCUUCGUUUUUGUACAUUUUGUUGUGAAGUUUUUCUUAUUAGUAUUAUACGUAACGAAUCUCGAAAAAAGUACAUUAUGCGAAAAGAAAAUGCUUACAAUUUUAUAUGAGAUCCUUUCGCGUCCCAAGCCCUAAUAUAGCAGGCACUUACGCAGGGACUCAAGACCCCAGUCUGCGUCGUGCUUUACGGGUUAAAUUAACUUAUCACAAAAAUUCGCAAUGCAAUUUUGUAUUCUAUAUAUAUGGUGAAUGAGCUUCUUGAGUUACGCGACGCAAUUUCAAUGGAUUUGUUAUAGAUUUUGAAACGGUAACAAAAUCAAUGUAACUAUUUAUAAGAAUAUUUAAUAUAUUAGAUGUCUCCAAUUAAGCGUAGUUAAGUAUCGGGUAAGAUUUUAUCGGUAUAAUAAUGUCAUUAUAUCAUCGUGCGUAUUUGUGUGCGUAUGCGCACCCACACAUAGGUGCGCGCGCGAAACGACACGAAAAAUAUCAUGUCCAUUAGGGGAAUGCGAGGGCGAGGGAAUUUUUUAUAUUUUACUAUGAAUCGAAAAAGACAGAGUGUUACUACUACCUGUGUUUUAAAUUUUAUUUUUCUAGAAAUUUCCGCUCUCCUUGGAUCUCAAACGGAAUGGUCAAUCUCUGAACUUCCCCUAAUGAUUUCGAAAUGCAAUUUCUAUAUAAAUACUUAUUCGAUGUAAAUAUUGUACAUUCGUUUUAUUUUAUUUUUGCGUAACUUAUUUAUUGAUUUUAUUUUUUUAUGGAAAAUAUUUAAAGCCAUAUAUUUGUUAUUGCAUUAUGAUUUGUGAGUGUUUUAUCUUUUUAUACUUUUAGCACAUUUUGUUGUUUUUUUUAAAGCGAUGUGCCAUUAUAUCGGAUAGCGCGAAGUGAUUUGGUGAUUCCUAAUGUUUGUAAGCAUUGGUUUUUUUGUCUUUGAAAAUUCUUGUAGGUUUCUCGAUUGUUCUAAGUAGAAUCAAUGUUCGCUUGGUCGACUGAGCGCUCACUGGCGGAAGGCGCCGCUCGGGUGUAUGUGUCGCUAGAUGGUGGAAAGGUGAUUUUUCGCUUGUAUAGGAUAUCUAGGCGGAUAGUGAGAUUUAGGUACCCUAUGUGGGAGCUCUUGCCUUUGAUGUUAUAAAGAUAGGAUUAUGGGGUUUAACAUAGGUGCAACGACUUGUGUGGUCGGUUUCAAACGUUUGAAUAAUCUUAAGCGUUCUUUUCCUUACAACUCUUAUAUCGUGAUGUGUUGUCAAGCUACGUUAGUCGCUAAAUCAAAUGUACGGUUCAAUUUAGUUUGAACUCGAGAUUUUAUACGAAAAUGUUAUUAGUUUCUUAUUCAACGAAGCCGUUUUGACGAAUUAUGUUUCUAAAUUAAAUUUAAAAUGGAAAUUUGCACCCAAGUGCGGUAAUGUAGGUCAAGGAACAAAAUUCUUUUAAUUAAAAAUAAUUACACUAUUUGAAAGAUAAUUCCUAAAUUUCCAACUAUUACGGUCUUACUAUUAAACUUUGUCUAAAGUUAAACACCUCCAGAAUGAAAAUAUGUUGACAACUAGAAAACGCUAUAACGACUGGAAAUAUAUGAAUUGAGAACAACAAUUCAAAUUCAAUAAAAAACAAAAGUACUCUAAUUAUAAAGGCAUAUAUUUGAUCCCACCGUGACAAGUUCUUUAUGUAACAUGGCGCGAUGAAAACAUCUGAAGAAUAUGACUUCUUAAUAUGGGAGGAUAGUAUGUGUAACCAGUGUUCGACUUCAGACAUAGUUUUGCAGACCGUUAGUUACUAUUUAAAAUUGCAAGUAUUUUUUUAUAAAUAUGAUGUAGUGUGAUGAAUGUUGUGAUAAAACCGUCGCGGCGCCGCCCCGAGCCUCGGCCGUCGCAUCCAUUUGCUAUGCGUCUCCAACUGUACAACACAGUUCAAAGGAAUGUGUCAUAUUUUAUAAUAAAUAACCAUAUAUGUAA